AAUAACCAACAGGGCCGUUUGAGAAAGGGCCGAAACCGAAAGUAUGCCCACGCGCACGAACGAACGUGCGCCCACGUACACUGCGGUGGGUUUUUUUGAAUGAACGACGCAACGCCGUUUCGGCGGGGAAUGCUGGGAGAAAAGCCGGCUUGCGACGGGACGGUGUGGGAAAAAAACGUGGCGCUGGCGACUACGCAACGCGGGAGGCGGCUGGAGAUGACCAUGUGCGGCGGUGCGCUCGGCGUCGUGGUAACCGUCCUGUGAACAAAGAAGCAGGUCGUCUCUGCAGCAGUAGCAGCGCCGGGGCGGUUCCUUCGCCCGCGGGCGGCCGGCUGGCCCCGAUCGGCGCUUAUACUUAAAGACGGGUGGGCAGCUCAAGGGAGAGCCAGUACGCGAGAGCGCCUUGUACCGGAAGCCCCGUACGUCCGCUGCUGCUGCUGCUGCUGCUGCUGCUGCUACCGUCACCGCUUUCACCGUUGCCGCUGCCGCCACCCAGGGCGCCAUGAUAGCUUUCCUGAGUGUCAUUCUCCUCGCGUCUCUCGGACCACACGUCCGAGCCGGAGAUGCUUCCCACAGCAGUUCCGGUGGCUCUUCAGGAUCCGGGGCAACCGUCUACAAGAUGGCACAAGGAAUUGGGCCCGGCCAGAACCACGGUCAACCAGUCAAGGUACCCGCUUCAGUGUUCGCCUCCGGUCCCGGAGCAGCCGCCGCGCAAGCGGGUGGCCAGGGGCCGGUUGGCUACCCUGGCGCCGGGGCCCACGGCGCACCCGGCGUGCACUUUAGCGCCGGUGCCCAUCCUGCCGCCGGCGGUGCCAAUUAUGGCUUCGUUCCUGGCUAUGGCCCGGCUGCUGCUGGAGGGCCAGGAGCAGGUGCAGGUGGCUACCCUAGAACAUUCCUUCCUCAAGCGCACGCUGGUGCCGCAGGUGGCGACCACCAACAGCUCGCAGCCAUCGGAGGACCUUCCUACGGUGCUGGAGCGCCCGGCUACGGUGCCGCAGCGCAGCUGUACGGCAGCGCUGCGCCGGGCUACGGCGGCGGAGCUCCGGGCUACGGCGGCGGAGCAACGGGCUAUGGAGGCGGAGCAACGGGCUUUGGUGGCGGAGGAACGGGCUAUGGUGGCGGAGGACCGGGCUACGGCGGCGGAGGACCGGGCUACGGCGGCGGAGGACCGGGCUACGGGGCUGGAGGAACUGUGUCAGCCUACCAAGCGGGACACGUAGGUCAGGGGGCGGCGCUCGGUGCAGCGGGCUUGGCGGGAUACGGCGGAGCUCACGGAGGUUCGACGGGUGUGCAAGUGGCUGGACCUCAGGCGUACGGACCGAUCGGCCAAGGCUACGGCGGUGGUCGACACGUGGCCUCUCCUGGUGCAGCAUUUGGUAACGUGGCAGCUGCUCAAGGAGGGCACGCUGCCGGUGGUCCCGCUGGACACGCCGUCUAUGCCCUUCCCCUGUCCGCCGCUGGUGGUCAUGCGCACGGAGGCGCGCUUCCAGCUGGAGCAUAUCAUGCCGGCGGUGAAGGCGCGUACCUAGGCGCGGCUGGAGGUCACGCUGGUGGUCUACCCGCUGGUCUCGGAGCUCGCGGUGGGCCCGUCGUCCAGUUUGCCGGUGCACCGAUCGGCCAGUACCCUCUCGGUCAAGGUGCUGGUCAAGCCGGUGUUCCCCUGCAUGCCCUCGGCUACGGCGGUGGCCAUGGUGGGGGCUACGGUGGUCAAGCGGCCGGAUUCACCGGGCCAACGCUGGUCGCUGGUCCAGGAGGAGCAGCUGGUCAAGGGUAUGGCGGCCCUGUAGCCGUGGCUCCCGGACACCCCGGUCACGCUGCCGGCGGUCUGCCUCACCAUCUAGCCGGAGGUGCCGGUGGAGCCGUUGCCCAGCACGGCGGCGCCACUGGACAGGCCGGUCUCGGAGUCACGUACGGAGGGAAAGGGAAACAGAAGUCAUCAAGAUGAACACGAAAUCCAUCUUUUAGCGUCGUUUUGAAGAAAACAUCGCGCGGGAAGCGCGAAAAAGAGAGAGUCGGAAAUUGUGUGUUAUAUGUAUAGUACAUGCCAACCCGCGCUCUUUCGAACGCCACUUGAGCAGCUGAAUGCCAGUCCGAAUUCUCAUUUCCGUUUCUUUUCCUCCUAAGUUUAGUUCUGUAAUUAUUCAUUUCUUCUCACAAAUCUUUGUUCGUCCGGUCGAUUAAAGCGAGAUAAUGAAAUGCCAGUAUGCUCUAGUAUACCCUGUACAGCGAAAGAGAAACUGUGUAUUCUUGUCAACAGAGUUUGCCAAUAGAGUGUCCUAUGCAUGGUCGCCUCCAUCUCGUUCGGUGCCACCAUCAAUCCAGUGGCCUCCAUUAAACACAUUACUGAGACCCAA